CUUAGCUUCAUAUCAUUCCUUCAGUGCAGAACAUAUUACAAUGGCUUCAUCUUUUUCUUCCAAGUUCAGUCUUUUAAUCGUCUUAUUUUUACAUUUCACUUUCUCUUUCAAUAAACUAGUAGCCAAAUCCAAAAUCAGCAACUCAACCACCACCCACAACCAUUUAAGUCCAGACUAUAAACUUCAACAAGCUUAUGAAGCUCUCCAAGCAUGGAAACUAGUAAUCUACUCCGACCCUAGCAACUUCACCUCCAAUUGGGUUGGUUACUCGGUCUGUGACUACAACGGAAUAUACUGUGCACCUUCUCUUGACGAACCUGAAAUCGUAGUUGUUGCUGGAAUCGAUCUCAAUCAUCAAGAUAUAGCUGGAGUUAUACCCGGUGAACUAGGAUUGCUAACUGAUCUUGCUUUGCUUCAUCUCAACAGUAACCGUUUCAGUGGAAUUCUGCCAGAAUCCUUUGCCAAUCUCACCCUCCUCUUCGAGCUCGAUCUCAGUAACAACAGGUUUGUUGGUAAGUUCCCAUCAGUAGUUCUCUCUCUACCAUCUCUCAAGUUUCUUGAUCUCCGUUACAAUGAGUUCGAAGGACCACUGCCACCCGAGCUCUUCUCUAAGAGCUUUGAUGCGAUUUUUGUCAACAACAAUCGAUUAACUUCAGUGAUCCCAUCGAACAUAAACAGUAGUUCAGCCUCAGUCAUAGUUUUUGCUAACAACAACUUUGGAGGAUGUCUUCCUCCUAGCAUUGCAAAGUUAGCAGACAGCUUGGAAGAACUGCUGCUAAUAAACACCAACUUGUCUGGAUGUUUACCACCAGAAAUAGGGUUUUUAUACAAGCUGAAAGUGCUUGAUGUAAGUUACAAUAAGUUGGUAGGACCUCUACCAGAUACCAUUGCAGGAUUGAUGCAUGUGGAACAGCUCGAUGUAGCACACAAUAUGUUUAGCGGCAACAUACCUGAAGCGAUUUGUGUUUUACCAAGCUUGACAAAUUUCACUUACUCUUACAACUUUUUCUGCGAAGAAGAAGGCUUUUGUCGAAAUCUGACAUCAAAAAGCAUUGUAUAUGAUGAUCGUCGCAACUGUUUGCCAGAGAAGCCAUUGCAGAGAAGCAAAGAACAGUGUGAUGCAGUAUACGAGCACCCCAUGGAGUGCUUGGACUAUCAAUGUGGCACUGUUGGUGGUGGUUAAGCUGCAGCUCCUCUAUUUUGGCCUUACCAGUCCUAGACCUGGAACUAGUAUUAUCUUGCUCUGCAGUAAAAUCAUACUACACGCAUUUCGUAUUCAAGAACAGAAUUGAAAUGUUACAGAUUCUGUUAAGUAUCUUUCUGUUUCUUGACAUUUUAGUUUCACCAAGUUAUACUAAUGAUAAGCCUGUAAUUGGCUCGACCUGAGAAUAACUGUAAUCGUUUCUUGGUUUGGUUCCUGGAUAUCCCUUUCUUCAGUAA